CUCACCCGGUCUAUUGUGUCUUUUUAUCAACAAGGAGACCACCGUGGCCUUACGGGUAACUGAGCAAGCCAGCUGAGAGACAAGGGAUCACUUAACCAUGGCGGACGAACAAGAAAUAAUGUGCAAAUUAGAAAAUAUCUUGGAAAUACGGAACAAGACUAUCCAGAUGCAAAAAAUCAAGUCUCGUCUGAAGAUUGAGUUUGAGGCUCUGGAGUCUGAGGAGAAGCAUCUCAAAGAGUACAAACAGGAGAUGGAUCUCCUUCUACAAGAGAAAAUGGCACAUGUGGAGGAGCUGCGGCUCAUCCAUGCAGAUAUAAAUGUGAUGGAGAGCACCAUCAAGCAGUCAGAGAAUGACCUGAAUAAACUGCUAGAAACAACUCGCCGUCUGCAUGAUGAGUACAAACCUCUGAAGGAGCAUGUUGAUGCCCUUAGGAUGACUUUGGGUCUUCACAGACUCCCCAACCUCAAUGAAGAAGAAGAGAAGCUCUCCCUGGAUUACUUUGAGAAGCAGAAAGCGGAGUGGCAGAAGGAGCCACAUGAGCCCGCCAUCCCAGAAUCCCUUGCUGCUGCUGCAGCAGCAGCACAGCAGCUUCAGGUGUCCAGGAAGCAAGAUGCCCGCCAGACAGCCACCUUCAGACAGCAACCCCCACCCAUGAAGGCUUGCCUGUCCUGCCACCAGCAGAUUCAUCGUAAUGCUCCUAUCUGCCCAUUGUGCAAAGCCAAGAGCCGCUCCCGCAACCCAAAGAAGCCCAAGAGGAAGCCCGAUGAGUAGAUCCCUACUCCACCUUCAGCUUCAGUAGGGUUUAAAGGGAACUGGUCCAAUACACUGAUCGUAGAUCAGCCAUAUAUAUAUAUAUAAAUAACAAUAUGUGGCUGAAAUAACAGGUCUGUGCUUCAGGACAAUUUCCACGCUCAGUCCCCGCUUUAACAGUAACUUGUUCUUAGUAACUUGUUCAUUAUCUGUCAACAAUUGAUUGAGGAUCUGAUUAUGUCAUUCUGUUGUUUGUUUUUAUUAGUGCUUUGGAUGUGUUUAUAUGUAACUGUAUGACUUCCAUAGUAGGUUAAAAUGUCCAAAUAACCUCGCCCAUGUUGCUAUUGUUUAUUGCCUUAGAUAUUGUAGUGUCCGUCCUAAUUUUUUUUUUAUGCAUGCGCGCUUCCAUGACUGUCUGUUGUGCAUUAUUUGUGCCAAUAUAAAAAUCUAAUAGGUUUAAUUGCAAAGUUAAAUAAAACACAAAGUUGUUUUAAUGUUUACAGUGUUCAAGUGACCACAAACUGGACAAAAGAAGGCCAGACUCAUUUGCUCUGAAUAGUGUUAUGUGUUUAACUUUAAUACAGUGAUAAGAAAAUAAAUGGCUGUUUUGUACUGA